AUGGCGGAUUCAGCCGUAAGAUUGCAGAGAUUGGGGAAGCAAUUCAACCGUAAGGUUGCGGAGAUUGUAUUUAUUCUGCUCACUCACAGGAGAAUGAUACUACCAUCUUUCACUUUGGUCUUAAUAAUUCGUAUGAAAGCUGAGGAGAAUGUGAAAGAGCAGUUUGUGAAUGCAAUUGUUCUCAAGAGAAUGAUGAAGGAUUUGGAAAGGUCUCAAGAUCCUACGAAACAAGUUUUGUGGGCUGCAAAUGAAAUGGCUUCAUUAAUUAGAGAUGGGGACUCGGUUGUUAAGCUUCGAAUAGCAUGGGCAGGGCUAGCCUUGGUUCACAAGGCUCAACAUGAGAUUGCAGCAGCAUUUGAAACUGGACAAAAGGAUUUGACUGACGUGGAAGAGCGAGCUCUUUACACUUUAAAGCAGAAAAAGAUUGGGGAAGAUGAGUUGCAUUCGGUGGGUAAGGAUUUUAUCCACUCUUGUAGCAUUGCUGUACUCAUCGUGCAGCACUGCAAGUGCCAUGUGUGCACAACAGGCCCCACAUGGUACACAUGGCACAGUAAUGAUCCAGAGGUAGCGGUGUUGCAGGGAGGUUCAGAUCAGUUUUUAGUUAUUGUAGGCAAAGAAGAUGAGUUGCAGGUGUCUAGUGGAGAUAUUCAAAGAGAGGUGACAGAAUCCCAAGAAUACAUGGCAAGCAGACUCAGCGGAGAAGACAUUAUUGUCUCCCCCAGUAUGCAGGCGAUUCUUAACAAAUUAGAGGACCCUUUGUUAAGUGACUUUGGAUCAAUGUGGGGCAUUGAGAAAGAGCUAUUGGAGCUCCACCGCACCGCAGAGAGAAUCAAAGCAGUUCUGGAGGUGGUGGAGAACAAGCAAAGAAAUGACGGGCUCUUAAAACUCAGCCUCAAGGACCUUAGAGGUGAAGCUUACUAUACUGAUGACAUGCUGGAUGAGUUUCUUUAUGAAAGUCUCAAACUACAAGAUGAGAGAUUCCGUGGCAAGAAGAGGAAGCAGGUACCCUCCUUUCUCUCUUUUUCUUUGAAUGAGAAUCAAUUGUUACGUCAAUGUGAUAUCGCUCGUAUCACAGCUGAAAUUAGUGAGAAACUAGCUAUAAUUGAAAAGAAGCUCGAAAAGCACUACUUUCAAGGACCAGCUGAACAGAGGCAACAUGAAAUGCUAACUAGACUACAAUCUUUUCCCCCAAGAGAGACAAAAGCAGUAGUUGGUUCAAUAGUUGACGAGAAUCAUGUGUUUGGAAGACAAGAAGAUGUGCAGAUUGUAAAAAACAUGUUAAUAUCUGAUCAAAAUUAUGGGACAGAUUGCGUUUCUGUGGUUGCCAUUGUUGCCAUGGCGGGAAUAGGAAAGACCACGCUUGCUCAGCUUGUGUACAAUGACCUAGACAUAACAAAUUGCUUUGAAGUAAGAGCAUGGGUUUGUGUGUCUGACCCACUUGACAUUGAAAGGGUAACCAGGGGAAUUCUCAAUUCAGCUACUAGGAAAAGGUCCUCCCAUCUUGAAAACCUAGAGCCACUCCAGCGCGAACUUGAAAAUACACUGAGAGGAAAGAAAACUCUAAUUGUGAUGGACGAUUUAUGGAAUGAAAAUUUCCGUGAUUGGGACAAAUUGCGUGUUCCCUUUAAAGUUGCAGGUGAGGGAAGUAAAGUAUUAGUGACCACUCGAAGCGCUAAAGUUUCCUCUGUCAUGAACGCGACUGCAACUCAUUUUUUGAGAGGUUUGCGUGAUGAAGAUUGCUGGUCCUUGUUCAAAGAUCAUGCUUUUUCUGAUUUGGACUCCAUUGCAUAUCCCAACUUGGAAGCCAUUGGUAGAAAAAUUCUGAAGAAGUGUAAUGGGUUGCCUUUGGCAAUAAAUACACUUGGAGGGCUUCUUCAAGGUAAAUUAGAUGAGAAUGAAUGGGUAUUUAUCUUGGAAAGUGAAAUGUGGGAUAUAGAAGAAGAUGAUGUUUUGCCGGCUCUAAGUUUGAGUUAUCAUCAUCUCCCACCUCAUCUGAAGCAAUGUUUUUCUUAUUGCUCUUUGUUUCCUAAAGAUUAUAUAUUUGAAAAGCAUUAUCUAGUUCAACUUUGGAUGGCCGAGGGAUUUAUUCAAUCUAAGCAAGUCGAAAGAAUGGAAGACAUUGGAGAGAAAUAUUUUGAGGAUUUGUUGCAUAGGUCUUUUUUCCAGCCUCGCUUCAAGGAUACGUUUGUGAUGCAUGAUCUGAUGCAUGAUUUAGCAUGCUCGGUCUCAAUGGGGAUUUGUUUCAAAUUUAACAACAAGAGAACAUAUGAUAUCCAUGAAAAGGUUCGACACAUAUCAUUGCCUCACUUUCGUAUUGAUCUAUUAGAAACUAGAUCCCAUAAAUUCAAGAGUUCAUCCACAUUUAUAUGUGGGAAGACAAGGAUGCAAGGAAAUGAUUUUCCUGACAGUUUUUUCAUAGAACUCAGUUGCUUACGUGUGUUGGUUCUUGAUGUAUCUGGGAUCAAGUCUCUGCCCAAUUCCAUUGGAAAUUUGAAGCAUUUACGGUUCUUUUUGAUUAGCAGUGGUACCAUAGAAACAUUGCCUGACUCAAUAUGUGUGCUCUACAAUUUACAGGUGUUGGACAUAGUGGGUUGUAAAAACCUUGUUGAGUUACCCAAAGAUUUAUCCAGCUUAAUCAACCUCCAACAUCUACUGAUGAAAGAAAAGUGGUGGGGUGUUGGAAGUAGACCAGAUAAAAUAGGAAAAUUAACCCAUCUUAAAACGAUAGCUUUUUUUAACGUUGGCCCAAAUGCGGCUGAUAGCAUUAGAGAGCUAAGAGAAUUGGUGAAUCUCAAAGGGAUCCUUAAAAUUCAGAAUCUAGAGUAUGUAAGAGAUAUUAGAGAAGCAGAGGAUGCCAAUUUGAAGAAUAAACAGAAAAUUGAUGGGUUGAGCUUGCAUUGGGGUUAUUCUAGUGAUAAUCCAUAUUAUGGAUCUUGGGAAGAUAUACUUUUGUGGUCUAAGCAUUGGGAUGAUGUACUUGAGAACCUAAAACCUCACAAAGGGUUGAAGAUUCUUGAAGUUGUGAACUUCCCUGGUUUACAUUAUCCAACUUGGAUGACGACAUAUAUAUUGAGGUACAACAAACUAGUUUCAGUGUUACUUAAUGGAGUUGAGAGCAAAUCCCUUCCAUCUUUGGGACAGCUGCCUUGUUUAGAAGUCCUCAAGAUCCAGAGCUCACAUAAAAUUAGACAAUUGAGUGUUGAGUUCUACGGUGGUAUUGCUGGUAGUAAGGGAUUUCAAAGGUUGAAGAACUUGGAAUUUUUUGACAUGGAUGGUCUGGAGGAGUGGUGUGAAGCUGAGGAUGGUGAAUUCCCUUCUCUCCAAUACUUUUGUCUCAUUAAGUGUCCCAAUGUAAAGAGACUACCUCGACUACACCCUACUGCUGAAGAAUUGAUACUUGAAAUCCAAUCCUGCUGUAGUUUAACAUCAUUGCACUGUGGACAACAUACCUCUCUUACAGAGUUGAAUGUCAGCUACUGUGAUGGUAUUGGAUCGUUUACCAAGGAAUUACGCAAAUUCCCCUCAUUGCAGAUGAUGAAUAUCCUAUAUUGUUCUACAUUGGAUGUGUUGUUUAUGGACGAAUUUCUACCCCCAAAGCUUAAGACUCUUUCUCUAUGGGGAAUCCAGCAGCUGAAAUCCCUUGCAGAGGCUGAGGCGCCACCCAUGCUUGAAGAUUUAAAAAUCUAUUUUUGUGAUAAUCUUAAAUCCUUGCCCAACGGAUGGCAAAAAUGUACCUCACUGAAGGCAUUGAAGAUUGAAUAUUGUUCUCAGCUGGAGUUUCUGUUUUCAGAUGGAGUGGAAGAAGAGGAAUGUUAUCUCCCAGCACUUGAGGAUAUUGAACUAUCAGGACUCCAUCAAUUGAGGUCCUUGCCUAAGGGAUUGCACAGAUGUACCUACUUAGAGAUGCUUUCAAUUCAAGACUGUCCUCAAUUGGAGAUGUUAUUUUCUGAUUGGGAGGAAGAAGAAGAAGAAGAAUGUCUUCUCCCAGUGCUUGAGACCAUUCACCUAAAAGAACUCAAUGGACUGAGAUCCUUGCCCAAAGGUCUGCAUAAAUUCUCUUCUCUCAAAGAAUUAUAUAUCGACGACUGUGAAAAUCUCACCUCCUUACCAGAGGAUGGGCUUCCUGCAAGCCUUGAGCAUCUGAAAAUUACAAGGUGCAAUGCUGAACUGACUGAGCGAUGCCAACAGGGAGGAGAAGAUUGGCCCAAAAUCUCACACAUAACAUUGGUGGAAAUUAAUGAAAAUAUAUACAACAGUGGAAGUAUGUAUAUAUUUGACAAUGAUAGUAUGUCCGACAGUGAGUAA